UAUAAACGUUUAAAUGCAGCCGGCACAGGUUCAGUGAUUCCUGUUCAGCACAGACGCUCAGAUUUAAUUAUGGCUGUUGUGGAGACACUUCUGCAGUUUUCCAGCAGUGGUACAAUACUGGCUGCCUUGCUUGUGUUUUUGGUUUUAUAUGUGCUUUCAUCCAACUCCAAAUCUCACAAAGAAGGAGAAGAUCCACCAGGACCCAAACCACUUCCACUGCUGGGAAACCUGCUGACGCUGGACCUGGAAAGACCCUUUGAUACUCUCUGUGAGCUUUCCAAAACAUAUGGAAACGUAUUCCAAGUGUUUUUUGGUCCCAGUAAAGUCGUGGUCUUGACCGGAUACAAAACGAUUAAAGAGGCGCUUGUGAACCGAGCAGAAGAGUUUGGAGAUCGAGAUAUUCAACCUAUUUUCAAACUACUUAAUAAAGGACAUGGGAUCGUCUCUGCCAACGGAGAGAGCUGGAAAGAGAUGAGACGCUUUGCUCUGACUAACCUGCGUGACUUUGGGAUGGGCAAGAGACGAAGUGAAGACAAAAUCAUAGAGGAAAUUCAGUAUCUGAAAAAAGAGUUUGAGAAGUUUCAAGGGAAAGCCUUCGAUACAACUCAACCUGUGAACUACGCUGUAUCAAACAUCAUCUCAUCUAUUGUGUAUGGCAGCAGAUUUGAAUACACAGAUCCUCGCUUCACAGCAAUGGUUCACAGGGCAAAUGAAAACGUUCGGCUUGGUGGAUCUGUUUCUAUUCUGCUGUAUAACACAUUUCCAUGGCUGGGUCCCUUACUGAACAGCAAAAAGGCUAUGGUGAAAAAUUCUCAAAAAAACAUAGAAUCAAUAACACAGUUGAUCUCUGAGCUGUUAGAGACCCUGAAUCCACAGGACAGCAGAGGAUUUGUUGACUCCUUUCUCAUCCGACAACAGAGCGACAAGAAAUUCAGCAAAAAGGACUCACAUUUCCACCAGGACAAUCUUAUCGUCUCUGUGGUAAAUCUUUUUGUUGCUGGUACUGACACUACAGGAACAACAUUGCGCUGGGCUCUGAUGAUUAUGGCCAAAUACCCUCAUAUUCAAGAUCGAGUUCAAGAGGAGAUUGACAGAGUGAUCGGUGGACGUCAGCCAAUCGUGGAUGACAGAAAAAAUUUACCUUACACUGAUGCUGUGAUCCAUGAAGUACAGAGACUGGCCAACAUUGUGCCCAUGAAUGUACCUCAUGCGACCAGCUGUGAUGUGAACUUCAAUGGAUAUUUCAUCAAGAAGGGUACCACUGUAAUUCCUCUGUUGACGUCUGUAUUAAGGGAUGAAAGUGUUUGGGAAAAACCACACAGCUUUUAUCCAGAACACUUUCUUGAUGAGAAGGGCCAGUUUGUUAAGAACGACGCUUUCAUGCCCUUUUCUGCAGGCCGCAGGAUUUGUCUAGGAGAGAGUUUGGCCAGGAUGGAGCUCUUUCUUUUCUUCACCUCCCUUCUUCAGAUCUUCCGCUUUACUCCUCCACCAGGAGUGUCUGGAGAUGAACUGGAUCUCAAGGGAAUCGUUGGAAUCACAUUAAAUCCAUCACCACACAAACUGUGUGCCGUCAAACGCUGCUGAAUAUCGAUCCACAUAGGGAUAAACAGAUUUAAGCACCAAUUUUACAAAAUGCACAUAAUGUAUAUAUUGUAAAUACUGGAAGAAAUUAUUAGCCACAGUGUGCAAAGCUACUUUCAUUGUAUAAGCUAAUUUUAAGUAUGCAUCAGAUUACUUUAUAUUUGCCCAGAUAUUUUGCUGAAAAGCAAUUGAAUUGGAAACUGAAUUUAUUUAAGACCUCCAGUAAUCUACACCUCACCUAAUGAAUAGACUGACUGUAGAAUCUGUAUACUAAUGACGCAUUCUAGGCAACCUGUAACCCGCAAAUUACGACUCUGAACUGGGAGUACAUCGAUCUAGUACAGUAUUCUUCAACCCUGGUCCUCGAGGACCGGUUCCAGAAUGUUUUAGAUGUCUCCUUAAUUAACACACCUGAUUUAACAGCUUGUUAGGGAGACAUUCAGCAAGGAGGCUGAUGAGUUAUUUCAGGAGUUUUAAAUCAGGAGACAUCUAAAAAUUUCUUGAAGGGGGUCCUCGAGGACCAGGGUUGAAGAACACAGAUCUAGUACGAGUUCACAGGUGGGAAGUCAUGGAUUUGACUGCCGUUCCAGUGCACUUUCACGGGUAGAAGGUUGGAAAACCAUGGGUAACAGGUUGCCUGGAACGCAUACUCCCAGUUCAGAGUCGUGAGUCAUGGUUUUGAAGUCGUGACUUACGGACUCAAAAACCUGCCUGGAAUGCAGCAUAAUAUUGUAUUGGAAUGCAUACAAGUUAUGGUUACUAGCAAGUGUAUCUAAAUGUAUUGUAAGCCCGGAGUAUUAGAACUAUUGCGAAUAGACAUCACAGUUACGUCAAUGCAAGCUUGCGCGAUGUGGUCGCAGAAAAACAGUGCAAAUUGUUACGAGUGAGUACAAUCCAAAUGCAUAAAUGUAUUAAAAACAAACAAGGCAAACAAGACAAAAGGAUAGCCCAAAUCAGUAAUCCAAUAAACAGGCAAAAAGGUCAUUACAUGAAAUAUGAACAUGGAAGCAAUGGCUAUAGCUAUGAUCGCUCGGUACGCAAAUAAACUGACAAUAUUUUGCAACAUGAA